AUCUUUUUUAAAUCCCCCUCCAAGUUCACUAAUCAUCCCAUAACCCACACUCUCCUCUCUGUAUAUCUCUAGAAAGUUCUUCUCAUCAAUGGCAUCCGAUCUGAUAACUAAGGCCAAAGAAGCAUUCAUUGACGACAACUUUGAACUUGCCGUUGACCUUAAUUCUCAAGCCAUUGCUAUAACUCCUAAUAACCCUGAGCUUUUCGUUGAUCGUGCUCAGGCUAAUAUCAAACUUCAUAACUUCACUGAAGCCGUUGCUGAUGCAAACAAGGCUAUUGAGUUAGAUCCAUCAAUUGCAAAAGCAUAUCUGCGCAAGGGUUUGGCCUGUAUGAAGCUUGAAGAGUACCAAAUUGCAAAGGAAGCAUUGGAAACUGGUGCUUCUUUAGCACCAGGAGAAUCAAGGUUCACUAGCUUAAUUAAAGAAUGUGAUGAACGCAUUGCAGUGGAAGCUGGAGAACUGCCUGAGCUUGCAACAGUUGAAACCUCAGCAAGUGUUGUCACUCCCGCUGUAUCAAAGUCAUUGGAUAAUAUUGCUGCUGUUCCAAAAGAUACUCAAAUGGCUUUCAACUUAUCCUAUGAAGGAACACCUGCUGUCAAACCAAAGUACAGGCAUGAAUUCUAUCAGAAAUCAGAGGAGGUGGUGGUAACCAUAUUUGCCAAGGGCUUACCUGCCAAGAAUGUUUCAGUUGACUUUGGCGAACAAAUACUUAGUGUUAGCAUUGAUAUACCAGGCGAAGAUGCUUACACUUUCCAGCCUAGGUUGUUCAGUAAGAUAAUACCUGAAAAAUGCAGAUAUGAAGUUAUGUCUACAAAAAUUGAGAUUCGCCUUGCUAAAGCUGAACCUAUACACUGGACAUCUCUUGAGUAUACCAGGGAAGUUGCUGUAGUACAGAGGCCAAAUGUGUCAUCAGACCGCCAUAAGCCUAGCUACCCUUCCUCUAAAUUGAGAUCCAUCGAUUGGGAUAAACUAGAGGCUCUAGUGAAAAAGGAGGAAAAAGAAGAGAAAUUGGAUGGAGAUGCAGCAUUGAACAAGUUUUUCCGAGAAAUUUACAAAGAUGCUGAUGAGGAUGCAAGAAGAGCCAUGAUGAAAUCAUUUGUGGAAUCUAAUGGGACUGUUCUGUCAACAAACUGGAAUGAGGUUGGUACGAAGAAGGUGGAAGGAAGCCCUCCAGAUGGCAUGGAGCUGAAGCAAUGGGAAUACUAGGAAGUCCAGCUCCUCCUUAUCUUUUGUGACUAUCUUCUUCUUUUGCUUUUUGCUCAUCAUUCUUGGUACUUGAUUGUUGUAGAAGUUGUCAGUAGUUUCUAAUAUACGAUGGGAAUUAAGAUGGCGAUUUUGAUCUAUGCUGUGGAUGUUGUGUGAUAUCUUUCUUUGUGAACUUUUCCAGCUUGCCAUGUAAAGUGCUUUAGAAGCUUUAGAAUUUGUGGACGUCUGCUGCUAAUAGUAUUGGCGAUUCUCUUCUCAAA